UGUUUUUUUAAAAUCAGUCAGUGUUACAAGAAAUACAACUGCACUUUUAUUUUCUCUUUGUACAAUGGAUUUGGAGCAUUUUAAUCGACAAUGUCUGGGAAUAUAGAUGCUGAUAUUUUAGACCGAGAAGAUGAGGGGGAGCCCUUGCAAGUGGAGAUUAAUCAAAACAAAACGAAAGCUGAAUCAGAAGUACAUUUAGACUGUGUUGAAAAUUUGACAAUAAAAGCAAGUGUCGACAAAGAGGCGGGAACAAUUAAUAAAAAUGAAAAAGUUUCAUUUCUAUCCCUUGAUUUCAACAGUUUAAAAUCGUGUUGUGUGUUACUUUGCAGGCGGAAGUGCCCAGGGUGUGUUAAAUAUUGUCAGUACAUCAAGUUGACAAUUUCACUAUCUGUCAACGUUGUGCUUGUUGCGUUGAUCGUUUUUGUUGUAUUUAGAAAUGAAAUCGAUGAUUCCUCGAAUAAUUCAUCACACAUUUCGUUGUCCCAAGCAAAUAAGUUUGGACAGGGAUGCAGAAUUCGAAAAGACAGUGUUUGCGUUAGCUGCCAAACUGAACAAAAAAGAUACAGAUUGUCAGGGUAUCACCUGUCGGGUUCAAGUCAGAUCUGUUGUAAAGAAAACUCGGAAUCCCUGAAGAUCCUUGCGGGUCUGUUAAUCUCGGAAAAAAGAAGAAAGAAAACAGAAGAUUACGUUUUCUUAUACUUUCCAUCAUUUCCUAGAAAUGGUGAUUCUAGUCAUUUGAGAGAUGAGAGUUUGAAGACUGAAAUCAAAAGUGAACAAAUACAAAUGUUUCCUGGAAACAAAGUAAUCGUUAAAAAGAGUGGGGCAUACGUCAUCUUCUUGGCAGUGACAAAAACUUCAAUACGUCAUGGCAAUGUAAACAUCAGUAUCCAUAGAUACGGUGUGGAAGAACAAGUUAUUUUGUCAGCAUCCAUUGAAAGCAAAAACGGCCAGUUGACGUAUGAUACCAAACAAAUAUCUGACGUGUUUUAUCUGCAGAGCGGUGAUUCUAUUACAAUUAAGAUGAGGGGACAACAAACUUUGUACACGUUCAAGCAAUCAAAUUAUUUUGGCAUGUAUAGAAUUGAUUCUGUUGUGAAUUCGAUAUUCCAAACUGAAUCAUGAGAGAAUUCAACUAUUACAUGUAUAAAGCGUUCGGCUUUUAGUAGACUUUUUGCCAUUUAAUCUGUAUAGUUACAAUUGUCAGUUAAUAUAUAUAUACAAUAUAUACAACCGGGUUAUAUUGUUACCCCAAUUUAUACCGGUAUUUUAUGUGUUUAUUUGUCUGCCAACGCAUGCUAAUUUUUGAGAAUCAAUUGAAAGUAAGAUGUGACCUCGAUCAAACAAAAACGAUUAUUUUGUACCAGAAGCCUGGCAUUAUUAUCUUCUCUGUUUUAUUUUUAUACUAUCAGGGAAAGACAGACCACUCAUGAUCAUUUAUAAAGGUCACGUGAUUUAUACGGUACAAAUCGGACCUAACUGACACCCAUGCAGUCCCAAAAAGCAGUUUCGUUGACCGCUGAAACCUCUGUAACUGUUUUCUUAAAAUUUGGGACCACUCUGGACUGCUAAGCAGCUCCAGAACAGACCAAAAAGCAACCCAAGGCACUACUUUCUAUAGCAUAGGGUUGCUACUAUUUAUAUGCUACAUUUUAUCUUAGUAGAUGUGCUUACUUUAUUGUGUUAGGUGGCGGUAAGUGCUCUUGUAGGGAACUCCAGUUUUAUAAACCUUUUAUGUUAAAUUCAUGGGAGCUUUUUUUCAUAUUUUUUCUUUGUUUGUAGAUGAUAUAGAUGGUUUCAUCUUCACACUGUCAACGUUGCAAUAUCGAUGAUCUCAAAAACAAAUACUAAGACUAGUAUAAGAAAUGGCUUAUUUCAGAAGAAUCAAAAAUGACAUUCAGGGCAAUUAAUUUCGUAUGUGUGUAUUUUCGUUUAUUUCAUGUAGAACUAUUGAUGAAUGUUUAUCUUUGUUUUAGUAAAACCACUACGUUGUAAAUGAUAGUAAAUAUACGAUACAUAAAAGAGUGAAAGAUCAUUUUGACUUAGAGCCCCAAAAUUUUGUUUCUACAUUAGAAGUAAGGUGCGUUAUUUUAUAUUUUAACUAACCUUUAAUAAAUAGAGUGUUAGCUAAAUUUAACAUUUGAUAUACAGUUUUAGCAUUGUGUUAGGUCAUUUUGUAAAUAAGAUUUAACUUUGGACAAGUAAACCCUGGUAUUUUUCCCUCAAGACUUUAAAAUGUUUAUCAGUUUGUUCUGUUACGGUAAAAUUAGUAUCGAUCAAUCAUUCCUUUUAGGUCCUGUUUAAACUUUUUCAGUUUUAAGAUUUCACAAUAUACAUGAAUGUAUAGUCCCAUACAUAGUAAAUAUAGCAUCAAGA